AUGAAGACGGUCCUGCUGGUGACAGCCGCGGUGGUGGCUGUGUGCUGGCCUGGCGCUCAGGCUAAUGUCGCCAUCACAGUCGGCGUCACCCAGUGCGCCACCGACGCCCUGGCGCUGUGUACCGGCGUAUUGACGGCCCCUCUGCUGGUGCCGGUAGCAAGCAGCUGCAGCCAGUACUGCAAGUGUACGGGAGUUCGUCAAGGCCUCCCAUUCUCAUGCCCGCCAUUCACACGCUUCGAUACUAACACCCGCCUCUGUCUCUUCAGCAAUCUCGUCGAGCGAAGCUGCACGACCAGACCACGGCUGCACGACCAGAGGCACCCACGGCUGUACGACCAGAGGCACCCACGGCUGCACGACCAGACCACGGCUGCACGACCAGACUACGGCUGUACGACCAGAGGCACCCACGGCUGCACGACCAGACCACGGCUGCACGACCAGAGGCACCCACGGCUGCACGACCAGACUACGGCUGUACGACCAGAGGCACCCACGGCUGCACGACCAGACUACGGCUGUACGACCAGAGGCACCCACGGCUGUACGACCAGAGGCACCCACGGCUGCACGACCAAGAUGAGGACUGUGGUACCACUCCUGACGGUGGCGCUGCUGGCGGUCUGCUGUCCCGGCGCGGAAGCCCAAGACAGCGUCCCGUGCCCCGACGAGGUCUCCGCCUUGUGUCCUCCGACGCCAGGAGAAUACCCGGAGUACUUCGCCUUCCCGGACGACUGCUCCAAGUUCUGCCAGUGUGGUGACGGGGGACUGGCUUGGGAGCUGCCGUGCCGCCUCGGCCUCUUGUGGGACGACACCCUCAAGACCUGCAACUGGCCUAAUUUGGUGGACUGUGGCGACCGACCAAUUCCUUAAGAUGGAAGCAAACAAUUAAGGCUCCGUCAUCUGGGCAACCAUCACCACACCCUUCCAUCUUCAUCACUCUUGUCAACCACACCAUGGACCUCGUCGUCUUUUCUAUCUCCCUUCGUCGCAGUCUCUCCCUGCCUCUCUCCCGUUUUCUUCCUCCCAUUUUCUCUCCCUCCCGAUCUCCCUCAGAACAUGCAAUAUACACUAUUGCAACGUUACUUUUGCAAUUGUUACUUUGAUGUAACGAUGGAUGUGAACAACUCAUAAUCCGUUAACAAUUUCAUGUGGAAAAUCAAACCCUGCAUUUCCGAUUUCAUAGGAGUCGUUGGUGGUCGCAAUAGGAGCCACUCCUACUUAAACAGAGGCAUGGGGGACCGACCCUGAACCCCCUCUCUUCCCAUGGCACUUCCAAUGGAUACUAUCACAAGUUAUCAUGAAAAGUUGCACGAGCCUAACGCAAGUUGCAUCUGGCCUCGAACUUCGGCCAGACAAAGAGACACGCACACAGGCAUUGUUACCUAGAUGGACACCCCAACACCAGCCAGAGUGACACCACUCCCCCACGCUCAGGUUGGGCUUACCUGUGAAGUGAGGCUGAAAAUUGACGAAUCUCCUAAACCAAGACACUGUAAACUCGGUGAAGUGAGACUGAAUCCUACUCUACAACACUCCAUUAAUAUCCUUCACUUGAGGAAGUGAACACACUUAAUAUUCCAUCACAAAUAAUUAUUUACACUUAAUAUCCUUUUCCUCCAUUUGAGGAGUUUUACAAUUUACUCAAUGUUCUUGGUGAUACUCUCCUCAGUCCAUCACAACUUGCUUGUACAGGUUAUUGAUCACAUGACCCCUGUAUGACUAACCAUCCUGCGAGAUGGGGAUCGAACUAUAGCUGGUUCUUGACACAAUCUAUGGAACACUUCAGGUAGUCUUAGGUAGCUACAGAAAGUAGCCCCAUAUACCUAACACUCUUAAUAAAAUAUAUAGAUAAC